GAAAUGACAGCCGUCUUCUUCCGUGAUGUGUUGGCGGAUCAGAAUUUGCACGAACAAGGAGGCAAUGCGAUGUGGGAAGCCUUCAAGUUCUCUCUCCCGGGUAGCGGACUCUUUAGACGCAGCCCAGUGGCUACAGACGAUUCCGGGAUAGAUACGGACAGCAUCAGGAGAACGCGGUCGGAUGAUGUCGGGGCAAAAUCGGGCAAUUCCGGGACAAAAUCUAACGACAGUGGGACAACAUCCGACAGUGGGACAACAUCCGACAGCGCCGAGAGACCGUCGGAUAACCCGGAGAUAAAAUCCGACCAGUCAGAGACAAAGUCUAACGAAAGUAGGACAACAUCCGACAUCGCCGAGAGGCCGUCGAAUAAUUCCGGGACGAGCCCAAACCAUACCGGGACGAACCCUGGGGAAACCGGCACGGCGCAGCCUGCUACUACCGCAUCAGUAGACGAGGGCCGUGCCACGGACACACGAGACGUUGUGAAGACACACCGCAGCGAUGGCAAACGGACAGCCAAGGCGAGGCCACAGAGCGUGUACACAUUCGACACCGACGUAGCGCCUGAGGUGGUCGAACGCCGCCUGCGACACGACGGGGUACUACCGGCCAAGGGCAAGGGAGCGGCGCAGGGGAGUGACAGGCCAAGUGCGCGUGGAGAGGGGAAUGGCCCCGGGGGGGGUGUUGGCGGGCAUACAAGGGGCCUAGAUAAGGGCCUAUCUGAGACCAGGACAGAAUUUAGGGGUGGUGUGGACCGGGGGCAGGUGGGGGACGGUGAGCUUAAAGCGGCGCAACAGGAACACGCCGACGCCGUGGCGCUGGAUGAGCAGAUCGACAUUGUCAACGAUGAGAUCGGGCGCAAGAUUGAGAGUUUGGCGACGAGUGAGAGUGAGAGUGAUGGUGACAGUGGGACGGGGGGGCAUGUGGGUGGUGAGGCGCGUGUACCGGUAUUAGAAGCGGGGUGGGGUGGGGGGGAGGUGGUAGGUAGCCUUGGUGAGAAGGUCGAGUCGAACACUGGCCGUGGUGGUACAGUAGGCACCUCAGGCGACCAGUCUGCUAGGGCAUCCGGCACAAUCCAUGAUGGGAACACACUGGAUGGCGGGGCGUACGACAGUACGACGCAAGUAUACGACAAUCCGACCAAGCCAGCGGCCACCCCCCCGCCAAGUGAGUCCAGGAGGGGGGCCAUGUUGGAGCGCAUCAACCGACGCGUGCGAGCACAGAAGGACGGCUUUGUCAAUGAACUGCAGGGCAGAGAGGCUUCCAACACCCGCGCAGCGCACAUCGAGUCCCUGGCCGACGCGUUGGAUGAGUUCCAUCCCGUGUACGACGAGCAUGUGAUGGGGGGGCUGUUGCAGGGCAAGGGGCAGACGUAUGUGUACAUGCAGGCUAUCGGAACGGACCCAGACGACUAUGUUGUGGCGCAGAGGAGUGAGAGAGACCGGGAUAGCUCUGUGGAUACUAUAGAGAAUAUCCAGCGUGGUGUGCACGCGUCUUUGUACGACACCGAACGGGGUGUUUUGGAUGACGCAUCGGAUACGCACGCGGAGGGGACGGGAAGGGGGGGCACUGAAGGGACUGAUAGGGAGGCCGGGGCAAAAGCAGCCCCAAACCCAGACAGUGGUACCCGCACCCGCACGGGCGAACAAACGGACCAAGAGACCACCCCGUCGCAUGUCGACACGCUGUCCAACACGCUUGUGAGCGACGUGCCUGAUGCAGAGGAGAGUGGGGAAUGGGUGGCUGAGAUGGAGCCUCCCGUGCAAGUGCGCCCGCCCACCAGAAGGGAGAGUACGAGGCGCACGAGCCGGUUUUGGGGUUGGUGGCCAGGGGGUAGUACGGAUGCCACUGAUGAUGGGCAGACAGAAGAGCCUGAGCUGGUACAUGAAGAGGAGAUGGAGCCUAAAUUCCCGGCUGGGGGGGUCUCCAAGGGGUCUAUGCACACGGCCAAUACUGAUGUGCCCUUGUCCGAGCUCUCGCCACGAGCGAGUGUGCCGGUGCCGAGAUAGAAGUAGUGGUAUGAUCGAUAGGUAGUACGACUGGUAGUGAAUAUGAAUGCAAAUAAAGAAGGUACAUCGUAUCAGGGGUGGCGUUUGUAUGCCCAGAGUCUCAAGCGGCAAGCUGAUCGUAGCGUCUUAUUUUCGCUUGAAAACAGCAGCUUAGGAUAGAUGUGAUGCUAAGACAGUUGCACGGUCGCAUGGUGUGUGAUAUUACGCCAUGGAUUGUAC